UUUUUUUUUUGGAGAGGUAGGCAGGCUUUUUCAGAGUGUGAGAGUGGAGAGAGAGGAGACCCCAUGUGGUGCUGUGAUUUGACCAAACAAACAGCCUGGCUCAGAGUGGUACCUCCUCCAGCGGACUGCCGGGACAGCAGAGAUUAACCUCAGACUCUGAACAUCUGAGGGAUCUAUACAUCUGAAGCAGUAGCCCCUGUAGAGACAACCAGCUGGAAACCUCUCCUCCGAUUUCACAAGGUGGAGACCGACUGCUGGCCGGCAACCUCCUCGGACAGAGAGGGAAGACUUGUCUGUGCAUCUAGGAUCACUCUGAAGAAGAAAGCGUUUGAAGACAUCCAGCAUGAGGAGGGUGGCAGCGUCCACACAUCUGACAGUCACUGUUACUGCUCUGUUGUAUCUCUGCGCUGAUUUGUGUUGCCUGGAGAUCACACCCGAUGACAAAGAGCUGGUCCUGGCCGAGGGCUCUUCUCUCAACCUCACCUGCUCUGGCUCAGGGGAGACGACCUGGGAGUUUAAGAGGGAGGAUGUGCCGUAUAUCCAAGCAGAACAGGAUCAUAACGGUGGUCAAAACUUCCAAAUUGUGCAAAUCGGCACCACCUCCAGUGUUUUGAACAUGUGGAACGUGAGCUGGAGGAACACAGGGGCGUAUCAGUGCACUGAUCGGCACACUGGAGAAACUAAGGAGGUGGUCGUGUUUGUCCCAGACCCUGAUGUGUGGUUCAUAGAGAGCUCCCAUGGCAUGGUAACUAGGACCAGCGAGGAAAGCACCAUCCCCUGUGUGGUCACCAACCCAAAGAUCAGCGUCACCCUGUAUGAGAGGGACACUGACAUGCCCAUCAGGGGACAUUAUGUUCCCAGUGAGGGGUACAAGGCACCGCUGGAGGACAGGACCUACGUGUGUCGUGGAGAGCUGAACGGGGAGGAGAAAGAGUCUCAGGACUUCAACGUUGUCAGCAUCGUCGUCCCUGAGGCCAUCGACGCCUACGUCAAUGCGUCAAAGACCGUCCUGAUACAGGGGGAACCGCUGUCAGUAAACUGCACAGUGCACGGAGUGGAGCUAGUCUUUUUUUCCUGGGAUAUGCCCAACAGAGAGAUUAUUGAGGUGGAGCAGCAGACGGAGGUCCAGCAGGCCGCCAUGAAGAUGCACUCCUACCUGAUCUUCCCUCGUGCCACGAUGGCCCACAGCGGAAACUACGUCUGCCAUGCCCUUGAUAGCGUCCUGGACCAGACUGCCUCUGCCAGCGUCAACAUCACUGUGCUCGAGCGAGGCUUCGUGGACGUGAAGACUGCUCAGCAACAAAACAUUUCAGCCAAGUUGCAAGAGAACGUGGAGCUGAGAGUUGAGAUCGAAGCCUACCCUCCCCCACAGGUCCGCUGGAGCAAAGACGGCGCCACCAUCAAGGGAGACAAAACCAUCCCAACCAGAGACGAGCACGAGAUCAGGUAUGUCACUAUUCUCACUUUAGUGAGGGUGAGAACGGAGCAGAAGGGCCGCUACACCGUCCUCGUCUCCAAUGGCGAUGAUGCAAAGGAAGUGACCUUUGACCUGGAGGUCCGAGUCCCCUCUCAGAUUAAAGACCUGAUUGACCACCACCUCCCGGGGAAGAGACACUUGGUGACCUGUGUAGCUGAGGGGGUCCCAACCCCAACCAUACAGUGGUACAGCUGUGACAGCAUGCACAAGUGUAGCAACCAGACAGCGGUGUGGCAGCCGCUGAUACCAGAGCCAGAGGAGCUGAGCAUCCAGACCAACGUGAACUACAGCGAGACUCGUAAAACCAGUCAGGUCCGCAGCCAGGUGAUCUUCCACAAGCCCCAGCAGGUCACAGUUCGCUGCGAGACGAGCAACCAGGCAGGGCUCGUCGACAGAAGAGACGUCAAACUGGUGUCCAGCACGCUGUUCUCCCAGGUGGCAGUAUUGGCUGCUGUUCUCGCCUUAGUGGUAAUCGUUAUCCUGUCUUUUAUCAUCCUCAUCGCUGUGUGGAGGAAGAAACCUCGCUAUGAGAUCAGAUGGAAGGUGAUAGAGUCUGUGAGUCAGGAUGGUCAUGAGUACAUCUAUGUGGACCCCAUCCACCUGCCCUAUGACUUGGCCUGGGAAAUGCCGCGAGACAACCUGGUGCUGGGUCGCACUCUUGGAUCAGGAGCCUUUGGCAGGGUGGUCGAGGCAACUGCAUAUGGUCUCACACAUUCCCAGUCCAGCACAAAAGUGGCAGUGAAAAUGCUGAAGUCCACAGCCAGGAGGAGUGAGACCCAGGCCCUGAUGUCAGAGCUGAAGAUCAUGAGUCACCUGGGUCCACAUCUUAACAUCGUAAACUUGCUGGGAGCUUGCACUAAACACGGCCCUUUGUACCUGGUGACUGAGUUCUGUCGCUAUGGCGACCUGGUGGACUACCUGCACAGGAACAAGCACACCUUUCUGCAGUACUACGCUGAAAAGAACCCAGACAAUGACUGCCUCAUCUCAAGAGGAAGCACUCCACUCAGCCAGAGGAAAGGUUAUGUGUCUUUCGGAAGUGAGAGCGAUGGAGGAUACAUGGACAUGAGUAAAGACGAGCCCUCAGUCUACGUGCCCAUGCAGGAGCAAAUGGAUACCAUCAAGUAUGCAGACAUCCAGCCCUCUCCAUACGAGUCCCCCUACCAGCAAGACAUCUAUCAGGAACAAGGUGGUGGCAGAUUGGACCUGGUCAUCAGUGACUCCUCCACUCUCACCUACGAUGAUCUGUUGGGCUUCAGCUACCAAGUGGCAAAGGGGAUGGAGUUCCUCGCCUCCAAGAAUUGUGUCCAUCGAGACCUCGCUGCGAGGAACGUCUUGAUCUGUGAAGGCAAACUGGUGAAGAUCUGUGACUUCGGCCUGGCCAGAGACAUCAUGCAUGACUCCAACUACAUCUCUAAAGGCAGCACCUUCCUGCCCCUGAAGUGGAUGGCACCAGAAAGUAUUUUUCAUAAUUUGUACACCACCCUGAGCGAUGUUUGGUCAUAUGGCAUUCUUCUUUGGGAGAUUUUCACAUUGGGAGGAACCCCCUACCCUGAUUUGCCCAUGAAUGAGUUGUUCUACAGCGCUUUGAAGAGAGGCUACCGAAUGACCAAACCCGCCCACGCCUCUGAUGAAGUUUACGACAUCAUGAAGAAGUGCUGGGAUGAGAAGUUCGAGAAGAGGCCUGAGUUCUCAUUUUUGGUGCACAGUGUGGGGAACAUGCUGACAGACAGCUAUAAAAAGAGAUACAACCAAGUCAGCGACAACUUCAUGAAGAGCGACCACCCGGCAGUCACUCGCACCAAACCCAGACUCUCCUCACCCUUUCCGAUCGCCAAUCCAUCAUUUGGCUCCCCCUCGUCCGUCACCCUCUCCUUCCCCCCGGACCCCUACAACCAGAGCCCGAGCCCAGGAGAAUUCAGACAAGAUGCAGACACGCAGGAAGUUAUAACUUCAUACAACGAGUACAUCAUCCCCAUCCCAGACCCCAAGCCGGAGGAGGUUUUCACUGACGAGCCGUCAGAAAGCCCUGCAAGUUCUCUGGCUCUGGAGGAGGAGACGGACUCCAUGUCUCAGGACACGGCUGACACUCUUCCAGAGGAGGACAGGCUGGAGCAGACCAGUGAGAGAGACGCUCUGCUGGGCUCCUCCGGGACGCCGGAGGUAGAGGACAGCUUCCUGUAGUCACACGUAGGAACCCUGACAAACCAGAGCCCUUUUUUUCUUUUUUUUUCUUUUUUUUUUUACAUGCCUGAAAAAGGGAACAUGACUAAACUAGAAUGUAGCAAAAUGGAGACCGAGAAGGCAAUCUUUGUAUUUCCACUAAGCACUCUAAAGUUUUGCCCUUCUCUGAGUUUUUGUUUCACACUUAGUACCUCUGGAACUGUUACAAAUAAUGAGCGUGAUGUCAUCAACCAGUCAUUUAUAGGAAGCUCGCCACAAUAUAAAAACGGUACUCUUCUCACAGUUCACAGUAAGUACAGAUGUGUUUACUGUAUUCCCCAAUCGGAUUUAUUAUUUGGAAACAUUUAGCCAUUUCUCCCUUUUUGGCUGUUAUUAUUAUAUCACUAAAUCCCCCUUCCCUUUCACAUCGGGUGUAGAUUUUUGAAAAGCGGGUGAUUUUUUAUUUUUUUUUUAAUGAACAAUUUCAUUAAUAAAUCAAUAAUACAAAAUAAUUAACAAAACAAUAAUAAUGUACACACAUAAAAACAAAAUGCUGUCCAUACAAGAACAAUUCCAAUAUUAAUGGGAAUCAUUAACAUCACUUAAGGUCCUAAACUAUCAUCAGAUACAGUAUGUGAGAAUAUGAGUAAUUGAAUUAAAACUUUACGUUGCAUUGUUUUUCCUUGCCAUAAGUGCGGCCAACAGCUGCAGUCGCUGUAAUGUAAUGUUUUUGUAAAUGUUAUUCCCAGGAUAUGAAAUGUAGAAAGAAUCUACAUGCACUGUUUUGCUAUAAAAUUUGCUUUUUUUUAGUUUUAUAUGCCAUAGAGUCAGAAUUUUUCAGUUCUUUUCUCUUUUUUGGGGAAAUAUAUGAGAUUUUUGGGAUUAUAUGAAAUGUAUAUUUCAUUUGUGAAUUUUGAAUAGUGUCUUGAAUUUUGAAUACUUUUGUUGAGUAGGCUUAAUUCACAGUUCUGUGCCAGAUUUGCACUUUAUAUAGAAAAAUGUGGAUAUUCAUUAUGAAGAAAGACAAAUGUACACUAUGUUAAAGCUAGAAGAUUACAACUAAGAACUUUGAUUUAUGACUUAAGUAUGUGGCUGUUACAGUGAUUAUGACACCCAGUUUCUGUGAUGACAGGCGACUCAAGUGAAUAUAAUAAAUACAGCGUAUCACUGCCUUAGCACAAGAUGGCACACAUAAAUGCCUUUGUAUAGACUAGAGAUUUAUGUCUUGCAGCUAUUGUUGUUUGCUGACAUGAAGGGCUACUGUACUCAAGGAACCUAGAUAGCCAUAUGUGUACAUGUAAAAAUGACGCUUUUAGUCUUGUGUUGCAUUCUCUAACAUUCACUUACACACUGUUUAUGUUGUGUAAUUAACACAGUACUUCCAUUACAUAAACCACCUUUUAAAACACCACACUUUUAUUUUCCUGUAGCAUUUGUUACACAGUUUAAAAUGCACAAAUCACUGUAUCACAAGCUAUGGUACCAAAGCUCUUCUUAACGUUUACAAAUGUAUUUUUAUAUGUGUCAUUUUAUAUGUUGUAAAUGUGACAAUAAAUGUGUAUUAUCAUAGUA